AUGGAUCCACCUUCCUUUCCAAUCAAUCCACAAGCUCCUGCCAGCAAUCCUUCUUUAAGGACAAGCUCAGAUGGAGAUUCUGCAUAUAACAGUGAAACGAAUGACUUCUCUCAUGCUGUUUUGAAGUACAUACAUGACAUACUAAUGGAAGAUGACUUGGGGGAUAAAACCUGUAUGUUACAGGACUGUCUCGCUCUCCAAGCUGCUGAAAAGUCCCUUUAUGAUGUCCUCGGCGAAGAAUAUCCACCUUCUUCGGAUCACUGCCCUCCUCGUUUGGAUCAAAUCAAUGAGAGCCCAGAUGAGAAUUUCACUCAAACUACAAGGGUUCAAUCUUCUGUUUUACAAUCAUUUUACCCUCCUAAAGGCAUCUUUCUGGUGCCAUAUUUACAUAAAGAAAUGCAGUCUUUUGGGCAGUUCGAUGGAGCCAUGGGAAGUGCUAACAAGUCCCUUCCAUAUGGUCAUUCUGGGAAAUUUUCUCCAUUGAAGAAGGCAUCGGAUCCUCCAGAGCUAGAGGAAGAGGAGGUAGCAGACAGAAUCCAGAAGAAUGGAAGGAACUACUCAUCAAAUCAGACAAGGGGAAGGAGGAAUCAUCAACAUGACAAUAAUGGUUACUUAGAAGAAGGGAGGAGCAAGAAGCAAUCUUCGGUCUCAGAGUCCGUACACUUGGAGCUUCUUGAUGAUGCCUUUUUGAACAGUAUUGAGAAUGGAAGACACAUAUCAUGUCCUCUGUACGAUAAUUCACGACGUCCAGCGACAAAGAAGUUUCUGAAAAAUGAGCAGCUAACAGCAUCUGAUAUGCGAACGAGAACACUGGCUAAUAAAAGAGAGAUGGACCUGGGGACUCUGCUAAUUCUUUGUGCACAAGCUGCAGGAAAUGGGGAUCAAAAGACAGCAAGUGAGCGAUUAAAGCAGAUUAGGCAACAUUCUUCUCCUUUCGGGGAUGCAAAUCAAAGAUUGGCACAUUAUUUUGCUAAUGGCCUGGAGGCACGCCUUGCUGGCACUGGAAUGUUUCUCUGUGGACCAAUUACGCAAAGUUCGACACCAGCUGCUGACAUCCUGAAAGCUUAUGAGCUUUAUGUUACAAUAUGCCCUUUCAGGAAGAUGACAAAUUUGUUUGCAAACAGAACAAUUGGGAGAGUAGCAGAUAAAGCAACAAGCGUGCACAUUAUUGAUUUUGGCAUUAGCUAUGGAUUUCAAUGGCCUUGCUUUAUCUACCGUCAGUCAUUAAGGCCUGGUGGACCUCCCAAGAUUCGCAUUACGGGAAUUGAGCUUCCCCAACCAGGUUUUCGGCCUGCAGAAAGGGUUGAAGAGACUGGCCGUCGUUUGAAAAGAUUGGCUGACAGAAUGAAUGUUCCUUUGGAGUACAAUGCCAUAGCCCAGAAAUGGGAAACUAUUCAAUAUGAGGAUCUCAAGAUCGAGAGAGAUCGAGAUGAGGUGAUUGUUGUCAACUGUAUGUACCGAUUGAAGAACUUACCUGACGAUACAAUGGUGUGCAACAGCCCUAGGGAUGCUGUUCUUAAAUUGAUCAAGAGAAUCCAUCCUGAUAUAUUCCUCCAUGGAGUGAGUAAUGGUUCUUACAACGCUCCCUUUUUUGUCACAAGGUUCCGUGAGGCAUUGUUCCAUUACUCUGCAUAUUUUGAUAUGCUUGAAGCUAAUGCACCUCGAGAAGAUCAACAAAGGUUGUUGUUCGAGAGGGAAAUGAUUGGAAGGGAUGCUAUAAAUGUGGUAGCAUGUGAGAGUACACAAAGGGUUGAAAGGCCAGAGACAUACAAGCAAUGGCAGAUGAGGAACUUGAGGAUUGGAUUUAGGCAGAUCCCAUUUCAUCAAAGUAUCAUAAGAAGAGUGAAAAGCAUUGAACCUGAUUAUCAUAAAGAUUUUAUAGUUGAUGAGGAUGGACAGUGGGUACUUCUUGGAUGGAAGGGAAAAAUAAUCCAUGCUAUUUCAGCUUGGAAACCCGCCCUGGAGUAA